CGCGUUUCUGCACAGUAGCUGAGCCGUCUCCGACACACACACAUCACACACACAUCAUGGGUGGCUCAAUCUCGAAAAUGAUGGGCAAGAUCUUCGGAUCAAAGGAGAUGCGCCUGCUGAUGCUGGGUCUUGAUGCCGCUGGAAAGACAACCAUUCUCUACAAGCUCAAGCUCGACCAGGACGUCACAACCAUCCCCACCGUCGGCUUCAAUGUCGAGACCGUCACAUACAAGAACACCAAGUUCAAUGUCUGGGACGUCGGCGGCCAGGACAAGAUCCGUCCCCUGUGGAGGCACUACUUCUCCGGAACCCAAGGUCUGAUCUUCGUCAUCGACUCCAACGACCGCGACCGCAUCGACGAGGCCCGCCAGGAGCUUACCCGAAUCAUCCAAGACAGAGAAAUGAAGGACGCGCUGUUGCUGGUGUUCGCAAACAAGCAGGAUCUGGCAGGAGCCAUGCGACCGAAGGAGGUUUCGGACAAGCUGCAACUCGAGAAGAUUGCGAAGGACCACGUCUGGAAGGUCGAGCCCAGCUGUGCGACUACAGGCGAGGGUAUCUUCGAGGGACUGGCAUGGCUUAGCAACAACGUCAAGCUCCCACCAGGCGCCAAGUGAGGCAUCGACGCUCUCCUCGCACUCACCUUCGCCGUAUACGACUACAUGCGCGCGCAUUUCUGCAUAUACCCGGUUUUCUGUCUAACGUCUGCAUUUAUCUCCGUAUGAUUUUCUAAUACCAGCCUCGGCAUUUGGCUGCAUUUUUCUUCCGUCCGCGCACCG